CACGACCGAGACCUCUCAUUGUGCUUUCCCUUUAAGUGCAGAUGAAAGGCUGUUGUGUAAUUUGGGUGAAAGAGGAGGAGGAGGAGCAGACUGAAUGGAGGACAGCUUUCUGUGACAGAUCGAAGAGGACUCAGACAGGAGUGCACAGCGAUGGAACUGAUAUUGCUAUCUGGAGGUGUUCUGUUUGUCCCUGUCUUCGCCUUCAUCACCGCCUUCCUGUUUUGGCCUGGAGGGCUCCUAAAGGCCUACAACUGGUACUGGCGUUGCAGGCUGGGGCUGGCGGUUCACCACUCUCACAGUGGAAGUUAUCGCUUUUGUUAUUCCAGUCGCGGGACUCCAGGGGGCGCCAAACCGUCACUGCUGCUGCUGCACGGCUUCUCUGCCACCAAGGACAUGUGGCUGCCUGUCAUCAGGCAUCUCCCCAGCAACCAGCAUGUGGUGUGUGUGGACAUGCCCGGACACGAGGGGACAAGUCGCACCGGGCCAGAGGACUACAGCAUCCAGGGUCAGGUUGGCCGAGUUCACCAGUUUGUGCAGAGUAUCGGCCUGGAUAAAAGACCCUUCCACCUGAUCGGGACGUCGAUGGGUGGGAACGUCGCGGGGGUAUAUGCUGCCCGUUACCCCGCUCAUCUGUCUGGUGUCACCUUGAUUUGCCCGGCAGGUCUGGUUUAUCCCACAGAAACUAAGUUCAUCAGUCGUCUGAGGGAGCUGGAGAAGAGUCAGCAGGAGGAGUCGAUCCCUCUGAUCCCCACCACCCCCCAAGAGCUGAAGGACAUGCUGAAUCUCUGCUGCUACACCCCCCCAAAGCUUCCCCGGCCGAUCAUGCGUGGUUUCCUUGACAACAGGAUCCCCAACAAUGGUUUCUACAAAGAAGUGUUCAUGGAGAUCGUCGGGGAGAAGUCUCGUCACUCUCUGCAGGAAAACCUGCACCUCAUCACAGCACCUGUGCAGGUCAUCUGGGGGAAGGAAGACCAGGUGGUGGAUGUGUCCGGGGCAUCAGUCCUGCAGACGGCGCUGCCAGACUGUCAGGUGGAGGUGUUGGACAACUGUGGUCAUUCUGUGGCGCUGGAGCAGCCCAGGAAAGCUGCCAAGCUCAUUACGGACUUCCUGUCCGCGCGGGAAGUCCAUAGUGAAAAUGCUAAGAAACUUUCCUGAAGAAAACAUUUGAACCGUAUGCGGACUCCUGACCGCAUGAUGGAUGAGGAAGGCAAGGAGACUGAAGAUUAUGAUGAAGAAGAUUUUUAGUUUGCUGUAAGAGUUUUCUAUGACUUUGUUUACACCUGUGAACACUGAAAGAAUGCACAAAUACGGGACAGACUGUUAAAUAUUCCUGAGGUUUGCUGGCACCAUGCGGGAGGCUAUAAUAUUUGUUUUAAAUUUAAAUGUUGAAAAAAACAUUCCAUGUUGGGAUUUUGCCCAUUUCAUCAUCAGAAAAACUAUACUUGUUCCAUGUGAAGUCUCCUGCUGUGAACUGACUGCAUAUUUAACCUCAUACAACACAUUCACGUGGAAAUUCAGAAUAAAAAAAUGUACUGUA